AAAAAGAGAAAAAAAAUCUACAUUAAAAUAUUCUCUUGGAUAUUUCCCUUCUUUUUACUGCUCUGGAACUCCCAUGUUUAUUUACCUUUUCACUUUUGACUGAAAAUUGUGGACUUUUGGCUCACUUUUGAGCUCUCUCCCAUUCUCUCUUUCAUUCUUGCCUGGGCAUCAAGAAACAAAUUGCAUCUUUUUUGUCUUUUCACCAGACAAACACUGGAACCCUGACUCUGGUGAAGAUGUCUGCCUGUGCUAAGCACUGUAAACAUGGACUGGUGAAGUUCGCCGUAUCUGUACACAAACUGGUGACAGGGACGCUCAUCAAAGAUAGGUACGAUGAUGAUUUGGAGGUAACAAUGGUGUGUCAUCGCCCAGAGGGUUUGGAUAAGCUGGAAGCUCAGACCAACUUCAGCAAGAGAGAACUGCAAGAACUCUACAGGGGGUUUAAAAAUGAAUGCCCUAGCGGUAUUGUCAGUGAAGACACAUUUAAACAGAUUUACUCACAGUUCUUUCCUCAGGGGGAUGCAAGCACAUAUGCUCACUACCUGUUUAACGCCUUUGACUCAGGUCAGAGUGGCUCCAUCAAGUUUGAGGACUUUGUUACAGCUCUGUCCAUCUUGUUAAGAGGUUCUACCCGGGAGAAGUUGCAGUGGACUUUUAACCUGUACGACAUCAACAAAGAUGGCUACAUUAACAAGGAGGAGAUGAUGGACAUUGUGAGGGCUAUCUAUGACAUGAUGGGGAAAUAUACGUACCCUGCUCUGAAGAUAGACACACCCAAACAGCAUGUGGAUGCUUUUUUUCAAAAAAUGGACAAAAACAGAGAUGGAGUUGUUACUCUUGAUGAAUUCAUUCUGUCCUGUCAAGAGGAUGACAACAUUAUGAGAUCUUUGCAGCUAUUUGAGAAUGUGAUAUAAAACAAGCACAGGUUUGAAGAAGACUGAUUUUUUUCACUAAAGUUUACAGCUAUUGUGUUCGUCAAGAAGAAGAGUGAGAAAAAGCUACACCAUCUUGUGCCCUUCACCUAACCAUGGAAAUCUGUAGCUUCCUGUAGCUGGAUAUCAGUGCUAAACCACUAUGUGCAUAGCAACACUAUGUACUUAGCAUGGUAAUAUUUAUUUUACAUGUUUUUGAAUUGAUU